AGGGAGAGGGAGAGCCAGAGGCUCGGCAUGUCCCAGAGGUUCUUGGUGACCGCUGUCCACAACGGCAGCGAGGACUUGGCUGCCGAGAGGACCCGCAAUGGCACCGGCGCUGCCCCUCAGCAGAGCACUCUACCCAUCCUGGAGUACCUCAGGGAGCCCAACAGAUACGGAGAUGGCAUUCCCAAAGAAAACAGCCCAUUUAUUAACAGCACGGAUAUUGACGAAGGAACCAUGUAUGAGGGGAAGAACUUGGCACUUUUUGAGGAGGAACUGGACAGAAACCCAAUGGUGUCCUCCCUGCUCAAUAGACUGGCAAACUAUACGAACCUCACCCAAGGUGUGAAGGAGCAUGAAGAGGCGGAAAACAAUGAUGGACCCAAAAAGAAAGAGGUUAAGGCUCCUCGAAUGGGGACUUUUAUCGGAGUCUAUCUGCCGUGUCUACAGAACAUCCUGGGAGUCAUCCUAUUCCUACGUUUGACAUGGAUUGUGGGGGCUUCGGGAAUCAUGGAAUCGUUCUGGAUUGUCUUCAUGUGCUGUGCCUGCACCUUGCUGACUGCCAUAUCGAUGAGUGCUAUUGCAACCAAUGGUGUGGUGCCAGCUGGAGGCUCCUAUUACAUGAUUUCAAGGUCACUGGGUCCCGAGUUUGGAGGAGCAGUGGGAAUCUGCUUCUUCCUCGGAACCACCUUCGCUGGAGCCAUGUACAUCCUAGGAACCAUUGAGAUUCUGUUGGUCACAGAGUUUACCAACACGCACAUGUCUUGGUUUGACAUGUCGCAUGGACACUUGGCCAACAUGGUGCCUGUAGAACCAUACUCUAGUGCUCUAGGUGACCCCGAACAGAACGUUAAGUUACGGAUGAGCAGUAAUAGUGCGGGUGAGAAGCUGCCCAUUCAGAAACCAAGGAUAAUUGCUUAUGGAUUGAUUUUAUUUUGUCUGACACUAGGAGAUGGCAUUCCCAAAGAAAACAGCCCAUUUAUUAACAGCACGGAUAUUGACGAAGGAACCAUGUAUGAGGGGAAGAACUUGGCACUUUUUGAGGAGGAACUGGACAGAAACCCAAUGGUGUCCUCCCUGCUCAAUAGACUGGCAAACUAUACGAACCUCACCCAAGGUGUGAAGGAGCAUGAAGAGGCGGAAAACAAUGAUGGACCCAAAAAGAAAGAGGUUAAGGCUCCUCGAAUGGGGACUUUUAUCGGAGUCUAUCUGCCGUGUCUACAGAACAUCCUGGGAGUCAUCCUAUUCCUACGUUUGACAUGGAUUGUGGGGGCUUCGGGAAUCAUGGAAUCGUUCUGGAUUGUCUUCAUGUGCUGUGCCUGCACCUUGCUGACUGCCAUAUCGAUGAGUGCUAUUGCAACCAAUGGUGUGGUGCCAGCUGGAGGCUCCUAUUACAUGAUUUCAAGGUCACUGGGUCCCGAGUUUGGAGGAGCAGUGGGAAUCUGCUUCUUCCUCGGAACCACCUUCGCUGGAGCCAUGUACAUCCUAGGAACCAUUGAGAUUCUGUUGACCUACAUUGUUCCAAGUGCAGCUAUAUUCAAAGCAGAAGACCCCAGUGGAGAAACCCAGGCCAUGCUGAAUAACAUGAGAGUUUAUGGGACGUGCACCAUCAUUGUGAUGGUCACAGUGGUUUUUGUUGGAGUCAAGUACGUCAACAAACUGGCUUUGGUUUUCCUAGCUUGUGUGAUCCUUUCCAUCCUCGCCAUCUACGCUGGUGUCAUCAAAUCUGCCUUCGAUCCACCAGACUUUCCCAUCUGUCUCCUUGGAAACAGGACGCUGUCUUCGCGUGACUUUGAUGUGUGUGCCAAGUUUGUAACUGAAGGCAAUGAAACAGUGACCACUCGGCUCUGGCAGCUGUUCUGUGACAGCCCCUUACUCAACGCCACAUGCAACGAAUACUUUGCACUCAACAACGUCACAAAAAUUCAAGGAAUCCCCGGGAUAGCAAGUGAUGUGAUAAAAGUGAAUGUUUGGAGUUUUUAUGGGGAUAAAGGAGAAUUCUUGGAAAAGCCAGGACUACCUUCUAUCGUUGGCUCAGAAAGUACAGCAGACCCCAGCCUCCCUUACGUGUUCAGUGACAUCGCUACCUACUUCACUAUGCUGCUUGGCAUCUACUUCCCUUCUGUCACAGGAAUAAUGGCUGGUUCAAACAGAUCUGGAGACUUGAAGGAUGCUCAAAAAUCUAUUCCUACUGGAACUAUAUUAGCAAUUGCUACAACUUCUUUUGUUUACUUGACGUGUAUCAUAUUGUUUGGAGCAUGCAUUGAAGGUGUAGUCUUAAGAGACAAGUUUGGUGAAGCAGUAAAUGGAAACCUUGUGAUUGGCACUUUGUCCUGGCCUUCUCCGUGGGUUAUUGUGAUCGGUUCGUUCUUCUCAACCUGCGGCGCUGGUCUCCAGAGCCUAACCGGGGCCCCUCGGCUAAUGCAGGCCAUUGCCCGUGAUGGGAUUGUCCCCUUCCUUCGGAUUUUUGGGCAUGGUAAAGCUAAUGGAGAACCAACUUGGGCAUUGCUACUCACAGCUUGUAUUUGUGAGAUAGGCAUUCUCAUCGCUUCUCUGGACAAUGUGGCCCCAAUUCUCUCCAUGUUCUUUUUGAUGUGCUACAUGUUUGUGAACUUGGCCUGUGCCCUGCAGACACUCUUGCGAACGCCCAACUGGCGACCACGGUUCAAGUACUAUCAUUGGACAAUGUCCUUUGUGGGGAUGAGCUUAUGCCUUGCCUUGAUGUUCAUGUCAUCCUGGCAUUAUGCCCUGGUAGCGAUGCUAAUAGCAGGAUGCAUCUAUAAAUAUAUUGAAUACAGGGGAGCUGAAAAGGAAUGGGGUGACGGGAUAAGGGGCUUGUCUCUAAAUGCCGCUCGCUAUGCACUGCUUCGGCUGGAAGAUGGGCCCCCACACACCAAGAACUGGAGGCCUCAGCUCUUGAUCCUGUUGAACGUGGAUGCUGAUCAGAACGUAAAGCACCCCCGUCUUCUGUCAUUCACUACACAGCUCAAGGCUGGCAAAGGGCUGACCAUCAUUGGCUCUGUGCUUGAAGGAACCUUUCUGGAGAAGCAUGCUGAAGUCCAGAGAGCUGAUCAGAAUAUUAAGUCCUUGAUGAGCACGGAAAAGACAAAAGGUUUCUGCCAAGUGGUGGUCUCCUCCAAUCUGCGAGACGGAGUAUCCCACCUGAUCCAAUCCUCAGGUCUGGGAGGAAUGAAGCACAAUACUGUGCUCUUGGCGUGGCCCCAUCUCUGGAGGCAGACGGAGACUCCUGACUGCUGGAGAAUCUUUGUUGAUGUAGUUCGUGAGACCACGUCUGCUCACCUGUCCCUGAUGGUGGCGAAGAACAUUGAUUCCUUCCCCACAAACCAAGAGCGUUUCAACGGCGGGAACAUCGAUAUUUGGUGGAUUGUCCACGAUGGCGGACUUCUGAUGCUGCUGCCCUUCCUCCUGAGCCAGCACAAGGUCUGGCGGAAGUGCAAGAUGCGCAUCUUCACUGUGGCUCAGAUCGAUGAUAACAGCAUCCAAAUGAAGAAGGACCUGCAGCUGUUCCUGUAUCAGCUCCGGCUGAACGCUGAGGUUGAGGUGGUAGAGAUGCUUGACAACGAUAUUUCAGCCUUCACUUAUGAGCGGACACUGGUGAUGGAACAGAGGUCCCAGAUGCUGAAGCAGAUGCAGCUUUCGAAGAACGAGCGAGAGCGAGAGGCUCAGAUGAUCCAUGACAGAAAUGCAGCUGCCCACUCCUCUGCUGCUGUCAGCACUACACUUGCUCCUGACAAGGUGCACAUGACUUGGACCAAAGAGAAAAUCCUGGCAGAGAGGAACAAAAAUAAAGACACUUCAACCCCAGAAGGCAUCAGAGAUAUUUUUAACAUGAAACCAGAAUGGGAAAAUCUGAAUCAGUCCAAUGUUCGGCGGAUGCACACUGCAGUGAAACUCAAUGAAGUUGUCGUCAACAAGUCUCAGGACGCAAGACUUGUGUUGCUGAAUAUGCCAGGUCCCCCCAGAAAUAAGCAAGGGGACGAAAACUAUAUGGAGUUCCUGGAGGUCUUGACGGAGGGGCUGGACAGAGUGCUGUUGAUCCGAGGGUGUGGCAGCGAGGUGAUCACUAUAUACUCGUAGAUGAUGAAUAGGGUGACAAGUCUGGAUGAACAGCUGCUACCUGCAGUGCCAGCCAAUGUCACAGCGGUGGCGGACAGCGAUGGGGUCUUUAUUUGUUUGCUGCUUGAACCCACAGUGGUUUGACACCUCGACAGAUUAUCUGCCUGACAGUGAACGAGCCACGUGAGUCCUUUCGGCGACUUGCUGAGAGAUUCAAGUGCCAGCAACACGGGUUUCAUUUUGCUCUUAGGAAAACUUGAUCAGAAAUCAUUAUUCAUUCCGCUCCCCUCCCACCUCCCUCAACAUUGACCAGCUCCUGUGGAUAUUCUGCAAAGUAAAGAUGUACCACUGUUUUUGUAUUGACCAGUGUGAGAGAAGAAACACAUUGGUCCUACUGUUUGCAAUGGAAGAAGCGGGAUCACAACAAAGCAUUGGGUUUGAUACUGUUUGUUCUUUCAACAACUGCAAAUAAUUAUAUUUUUUAACAAAGCGAUAAAUGAUUCUUGGAAACUCCCGAGCGCAUCCUGUUUACUUAGAUGGUGGAUUAUUUUUAAGUUACAAAACUCUGUUAUUCGCCCUCUCACCCCAACCCACCCCCACACCCCCAGUCCUUGCGUCUCUGUCUGGGCUACGCAUAUGGGAGUUGAGGUAGUCUACUCCCAGGUGUCUGCCAAUUUUGGUCUUUGCUGACUCAAGAAAGCCCAGAGAUUGACCCCUUCAAAUUUUACUUUCUUCCCCACCCCACCGGACCCACACAUCCCAACCCUGUGGCUAGUGGCCGCUUGAGAUUCCUCUUAGCAGCUCAAUUGAGUCAAAGAUUUGUUUAAGGAGGGAGAGAGAGGGGCAAGAGGUGAACUGAACUGGCGUUCAAUUUGCGGUCUGUUCCGACACACUGUACCAUCAUGUGAUUCUACCUACUCAGUUUAAAGGUUCACUUGAUGCUGUAUUUGUUAAUAGCAACUGGGUUUGAACCAAAGCCUUAUUCUUUAUAGAAAUAUAUAUAUUAUAUAUUAAAAUUAUACACAAUAUAGGACACAAUAAACUAUUUUUAAUGCUGGAUAUAUGAAAAUAUUUUGUCAAAUGCUUUUUUUAAAGGAAAACUAGCAUUAAAAAUAUUGCAUAUGUUUAAACUUGGUGAAAUGCAGGAAUCCUGUCUUUCUAAAAUAAAUCUCCGGUCUUUUUAUCUAUGAACCUGACAGCUGGUACAGUGGCAGUCAGGAGGUGCAUGAUGAGUGUAUACCAAAUGGGGUUGGCUCUCACCAUGCACUGCAGAUUUUCCCCUGAGCUGAGAUAGGCACUUCAGUUAUUUUAGAAAAAUCUUUUUUUUCCAGAGGACCAAGAGAACCUGUGAAAUGUUUUGACACGUUGAGUGCACACCCAGUGCUUCAAAACAUCUGUACAUUUCACUUGAACUCUGAGAAGUCUAUAGUAUGCAGAUUGCUAAAAAUAGCAAUCUUAAUCCUAUUUGUCCCAUUAUAAUUUUUUUUACAAAAAAGCUCUUUUAGGGUUCGCCGUCUGAUAGACUCUACGUUGCACUUCUAAUCCAACAGUAACACUAUUUUAUUAGAGUUUUUUUUAGUAAUUUAUAACUUUUGUACAAAUUUCCUGAAACAAACCUUGUUUCAUGUGAGAUGGCAGCUAUGGUGCACUGGCUAGCCAUGAACUGUAGACCUUGAUGUAUGUGGGGUUGGUGCAUUAGAUGUCUUUUUGUGAGUGUGGUCCCCACAAGAGUGAGUGCCAGCAAAUUGGUGGUGAGGAUGGACACCCUUGCCGUCAGAAAGCUUAUGGGCCUCACCGGUGUGAGUUAACACCAUCAUACUAAGUCUAUUUCCAGAGCAGUGAAGAAUUCCAUGUUCUCACCUGGCAGUGCCGAAUAUACUGGAACUCCCCUGUUGUCUUUGUUUUUGUGGAAUUUGUGGAAAUCUGUUGGUCAGUUACCCAAAGUCUCUUCAAGACGUGAAAAGCUUGUGUGUAGUGGACCUCAGCAAUGUGGUAUACCUUUUAUCUUUCUGUUUAUUGUAUUGCAAAGCUUAGGGUGGACAACUACUAUAUGUUGUAAGAACAAAUGCGAGGAAGAUAGAGAAGGGCAAGAAAGGCAGAAAUCCUGCUUUUGCAACAUAAACUUGUCAGUAAAACUCUCCCACUUUUAUUUUUAAUGAGCCCUGUUUUGUGUUCCAAAGAUCAAGCAGCCUGUUUUUGCCUUCUAUACUUGAAAUGAGCAUCUAGAAAUAAAAUUGCAAUGUCCGUCAAUAUUAUUGUCUCGUUGUCCAGGUUUAGAUGUUACUGCGGAGAAGCAUACAAACAAGUCUUUGUUGCUGCUUUGAAGAAUAUCUGGAAAUUCAGGGUAGCCUUUGUUUUGCAAGAACCGUUCUGGCAGCUUAUUUGGGUUGCAUUUUGUUGUUGAUAUUUCUCUUGUCUUGUGAGUAAACCUUACAGCAGUAAUCUUCAGUACAACAUUGAUCAGCUUUCAAAUGGUGGGCGUGUAAACUCUCCAAAACUUCUGAGGCUCAGUUAGUCUUCCUUCUGGCAAGAUCUUUUAUUCAAAUAGUUUGGGGUUUAAUAAGAGUUUUAUGGUAUUUUGCUAUUUCUACUUUAAAGUCAUUCCGGUAACUCUCAUGAGCUCAUAUCCCUGACAGAUAAAGAAAUUGCCCCGCAGUCACUUUAAAAAGGAAGGUUGCAAUUUGGCUAAUCUUCUGUUACACUCCUGAGAUCUUCUCUUUGAAAGCUCUUGUAUUUUAACGGAUGUAUUUGCAUUUGUGAGGUUGAAGUAUAUAAGUUGAGCUCCUACGAUGGCCAAAUGGGAAAAGACAGAAUCCCCACCUAUUCUUCAAGUUCCCAUGACAAUACUUAAGAGUUUUUCUCAGUGCCCUGGUCAACAAUCUUAUAGAUUAAUUGAUCAUUCUCUUCAUUGCUAUUAGUGGGAUCUUGUGAGAAAAUAGCUGUCACGUUUGGCCUCAAAAACAAGUCACUACACUUGUCCCUUGAAGGGCUUUUGUGGUAAGCCACUAUAAAAAAUCAAUGUAUUUUCUUGUAACCUGCUAAUCCACCAUUAAAAAGAAUGGAUAAUAAUAAAAAUAAUAAAUGGAUAAGGUGAGAAUGAGGAAGAAGGAAAUGUUUCUAAAUAACUUGGUGCCUUGUGAGGUCUUACAUCAUGUAGUAAAGAGCCAAUGUUAUUAUUGUAAGAAAACUUCUCAUUUAAAAUCCUCUACUCCCCCAUACAAUAAUAAUAGUGGAGGUCAGUAACUUGCAGACAAUAACCCAAUCUUGGGCUGACUUGACAACCUGCCUGAGUAUUUCUUCCAUUCUCUCUCUCUCUCUCUCUCUCUCUCUCUCUCUCUCUCUCUCUCUCUCACUUUUCCCCCAAACGCCUUUACUGUUCAGUAGAAUUGUAGUUUCAGUGCCUGUGAAACUACGUGACUUUGUGACUGUAGCAUCCUGUUCCUCCGUAUUACCCACACCACCUUGUAGCAAAGAAAAGGAACUUAUCAGAAAUUGACCAUGGCGUUAUUCUGCUCCGUGCUGCAGCUGUGAACUAUUCUGUUCUGGUCAAUGAGUUUUAUAUAAAAAAAUUCUGUGCUCUUAUAAAUAACUAUAGUGAGGAUUCAAAUAUGAUGUUAUUUUAUAAACUAAAAUGACAUUAGUGCACAGACACAAAUCUGUCGUGUUUGUCAAAGUGGCACAGAAGCGCACUAAAAGUAUCGCAGCAAACUCACUCCAUGAAGCAAAGAGAGCAGAAUAAACCCUAAUAGAGCCUAAUAGGCAGCGCUUUCAAACUGGGUCCCUUAUAACGCAAAUCAACUUUCAAUUACUAUAGUGUAAUGCAGUUUCAGAGCAGAUUUCCCACAGGACAUAUAGUACUUCUGGUUCCUGGAAGGAGUCCCAUUCAGUUUUCCUAUUAAAGAUUAUUGCUAGGAAUACUGCAUAUUAGACCAGUGUUUCAUAUAUUUUAUAUGUAGAAUUAUUCACUUUUUAGACUUUUUAUUCCAAGUUUGUAUCACAGCUCAGGGCAGGGUUGGCAUUGAACAACGCACCAUGUUAUUGCAGUUUUGGUAUUAAGCUCUAACGUGCUAAUGCCAGCAAAUGUUUUUGCUCUGCACUUAGCAAAAUGUUAACUAGUUUCUGUGCAGUUAUUUGAUUGCUGUAAUUUUGAGGGUGUUUAUCUUGCAGUUUAUUUAGCUCAUUGUGAAAUCCAAGGCCCCUUGGUGUGGGAGGGGUCGUAGGGAAAUUAAAUUGAUUGUUUUUUGUGUCCCUGGGAAAGAACCAACCUUGUGCAGAUACAAUUGUGAUUUCCAAGUUAAAAAAUUGUUCACGUAGAUCAAGUUUGACUAAAUAGGGAGGAAGGAGUAUCCAAGCCAACCUCAUUCCUAAAAGCAGGUUUUCCAUGCAUUCUGGGACUCAAAAUUCCAAGUGUGCUUAGGCUUAAGGGCAUCACCUUAAAAUUUAUAAUUGUAUGGAAUUUUGGAAAACCGACAUAAAUGUGGUCUUAAUUUGGAAGCUGAUUUUCCACAAUUCUUUUUGGAUGCUGGGGAAAAUCAGUUUCAAAUUAAAACUGAAUGUAGGCAGUUUUCCAGAAUUAUGACCAGCCUUAAAUAUUAAGGGAAUGGUUUUAAGAUUAAGAACAUGAGAAUUCCCACUCCUCUGGUGCCCACACCUUCCAUCUUGACCCAUUGGAGACUUGCAGUGAAAAUUAGUUUAGGGGAGAUAUUUGAAUCGCUGAGCAUGAAAGAAAAUGAGUACAAGCCUCGCUGUUAACUUUAAAAAGUUGCCCAACACUUAAUAUGCUGCGUUCAAGCCUCCCAGAGCUGUUGACUUGUAAUUCUGAUCAUGAAUCUGAAUACUCUUGACAAUGUUGCUGCUUUAUAACCAGUUUUCCUUGUAUUGUGAUCACUGACUGUUUUUAUAACUUAACUUUCUCCCUGGUAUCAGCAGAAGCUGCAUUAUCGCCCAUGGAGCAUUUCAAGCACUGGUGAUCUUUAGGUCUUUCAUCAUUGAUCACAACGUUGUGAAUAAAAGCAUUAUAUAGUUUAUAUUGUGUGUGUGUGUUUGUGUAUAUACUGUACACUGUGUUUAGUUGACCCAUCAGUAUCUACUGUACACAUUUUAUAGGUUCCUUUAUGGGCAGUGACUGUGGAUAUUUUACUUCAAGGAUUUUUUUUGAUCGCAAUCAAAAGAAAACUCAUGUUGUGUGUUAUAAUUGCAUCAUGUGGUGUCUAAAUCCUAAAUGUUUUUGUAAUAAAGCCUCUCACUCUGUUGUAUGAUCGCAGUAUAUUGAGAAAUUAGUAUAUUUUUCAGGGCUUGAUCCAAAACUGAGGUGAGGUAUUCCUUUCGGAUUCUAAUUCGGACUUUUGGAAUCUCCGAUAUGUGCUGUAUGUUAAGUGUCCGUUUCCCAAAUCCCCUCCUUUUUUUAAUAUCUGUGUAGGAAUCAUCCUAAUAAUUCACAGAAUUUAUUGUGUAGUGUGUUUUGGUGGUACAGCAGUUAGUUUUGAAGCUUUGUAUUUGAAGUCUCCUGAGAAAUUAAAGCUUAAUUUCAAUGUUUCUUUUUCUGUUAAAAUUUAGAUUUGUAGAAAGCUGAAAUAGUAGAAAAUCAAACUGUUUUUUUCUCAAGUAUUUGGAACUAAUCACAAAUGAUUAGUGAUUUAAUAAUGUUUCUUUUCAUUCUAUUCUCCAUCCUUUCUCCCACCCCAUCAUAUCAUGCAAGACUUUAGCAUUGAAAUCCUCCCUUUGAGGGGGAAGAUAGUGAAAAGCUUGUAUUAACAAGGUAUGAGUGGGUGGUUGGUUUUAUAAACUUUAAUGAUACCUCCUUAGUGAAUGACCAGUACAUUGUGACUGAGGGCAUGCACACAAUGCAACUCGUAAGAACCAAGCAUGUUCCUGUGAUGUACAAAGGCCAUGAAGUGUAUGAUCAGGGUUUCUAAAUAGAAUUACAUACUGUUACACAGCUCCGAAACCGGUUAUUCGGCUCAAUUAAUCUGUGCCGACUAUUCCACGUGAGCCUCCAUCCCUUAUAAUGCCUCCCUCCCACCAUACCCGUCUAUUCCCUUCUCCCAAGCAGACGCGUCAUGAAUUGAGAAAUUGUUACUAUUAUUAUUUAGUUUUUGGAUAGCGGCUCUUAUUUGUGAAGUCAUUGUCCUUGUGAAAAAAAACUUUAACAAACUGUCUUUUUUUUGUGUGGGUGGGGGAGACGGCUAAGUGGUUGUAGGUCCGGAUGUGUUUUAAGCCAGUUUUUGUUGCACUGCUGUGGCUCUUGAGAGUAAUGCAACAAAGCAUAGAAUUCACACGUUGGUGUUGUGAAUUUAUCCCCAAAAUGGGUUUGCUGAAAACAUUUAUUGCUCUGAAGAAUUACUGAACUCCUUUGAAGCGGUUCCUGAAGUCAGCAAUUGCGCUGUCGAAUAUAUGAUGUUACUGUAAGGAAGGAACACGAGUAGCACGUGCUCACACCAGGGGCUCAGUGUCAAGAAAUCGCUUGGCUGAAUUGAGUGAUCUUUAUGCAUCCCAAAUACUUUCUCAUUUGCAUCCAUCAGUUACACAUGCGAUACAUGUCUGGAUUUACUGAGCUCCUAGAUGUGCAGAAUAACAUUCAUUGUGCUACAGCAGCUCUUUAAAGUAACAGGAAUACAAUAGCAAUAGGCAUCCAUUGCUGGUAAUGGGCAACAGGUAAAUCAACACUUGAAAGAAAGAAGCUAAAGAUUUGGAUUUGACAAAAAAUACUAAUCUGCCUCUCUCCUUCGUUCCGGUGCUGAUUUAUUGCUGUGUGCUUUCAGCAUCCUCCGGAUCACAUUUCAGAUUUCCAGCAUCGAGUUUUCCUUUUUUAUUUGGACUGUGUUGUAAACUGUUAUCUUGUACAGAGGGUACCCUGUGCGGCUCAGGCUGAUCUGUAAUUUAUUAUCAUUCUGUGUUGGGUUCAAACAAAGUGAUCAUGGUCGUAUGUGUUUUUUUUUGUUACAUGCAAUAAACGUUUUAAUUCAAAA